AUGGCCCAGUCUUCCCAGUCAGCCGGUCGAACCGAGCGGCAUGCAUUUGCCGGGGUUCUUCUCGACUUUGAUGGAACAAUCAUCGAUUCGACCGAAGUCGCAGCCGAAUUGGGGUUGGACUAUCGCGACAUCCUCUGUGCCUCUCAUGGUAGGCGAAGCAUUGAUGUGCUCAAAGAACUAGACCCCACCAAAGCAAACUGGGAAUAUGUGAGCUCCAUGGAGGCCAGAAUCCCCCUUCUCUCUUCCACGCCUGCGGUGGAAAUUGCGGGAGCGCGGCGGCUUCUGGAGCAACUUAACCACCAUUCCAUCCCGCAUGCCAUCGUGACCUCGGGCAGCAAGGCAUUGCUGGAUGCUUGGUUGACAAUCCUUCGACUCCCGCGGGCAAUGAAGGCCACGACUGCCGAGGAUGUCAAGAUGGGCAAGCCGGACCCUGAAGGGUAUCGUAUGGCCAAGAAGCAAUUGCUUCAACAUCGUUCUGGCGAAGGAGAAGUUCUGGUGAUGGAAGACGCUCCUGCAGGAAUUGUCGCCGGCAAAGCAGCGGGAUGCAAGGUGCUGGCUGUGACGACUACGCAUACGGUGCAGCAGUUGAAGGAGGCUGGUGCGGAUUGGGUAGUUAGGGAUCAUCGCUUUGUUGGGUUCGAGGCUCCGGCCGGGUCUGGGGAUGUGUGUCUGACCUUUCAUGGUCUUUUGUAG